AUGACGCAACAGUCAACAGUCUCCCAACAGUUCGCAUUCGUCGGGGGGCCCGUCCUCAAGAAGGAAGCCAGCAAUCUGCGAUCAUCUCUCGUGAAACGAGCCCUCGCCCAGAAAAGAUCGCAAAGAUGGCUGGAUGCGUCGAACAAGUUGGAUUCAAUGCUUGCUUCUAAGGAAGACAAGAGCACAGACCAAUGUACAUGCAGCCCGGGAGCAUCCGUCGAGAAACCAUGGAUCAAUAGUCCCAGGAACACCAAUCAACAACCUCAACUCCUUCCUGCCCAAUUGAAUUGUCGCCUGUGCGGGCGGCCCCAACCGUCUCCAGUUGGACCCCAGAGUUACCCCAACCCUACACUCCUCGGCGCAUAUCGCUCGAAUCCUUUUCUACCUAUAGACGCGACCGACGCUAAGCUAAACGUGACUGAGCUGCUGGACUUUGCCGCGACCACAAUCUGGCCCCAGUUUCGGCCCGUGGACUACACCGGAAAUGGGUAUCGGUCAUGGGCUUUCCCGAUGGAGGACAAAGUACAAUUAUACGCUGUCUUAUACGCAGCAUCUUACCACCGGGAUGCGCUCCGCAUCACUUAUGGUGCGGAAGAUCCCAUCUUAGACUCCAAGGAACAGUUGGAGAUCAGAGGGCUGGCCCUUCAGACCUUACGCAUGGAGGUUGCUAAACUAUCGGAAUUCGCAUCUCCAACAACCCGCCUUGAUGGAGUCAUAAUGUGUAUCCUGUACCUGGCAGUAAAUGAACUUCAUAAGGGGAAAAUGGCUCGCGAUUGUAGCCUAUUCACCCCUCCUUUCAUCAGCAUGCAAGCAUUGGAUGUUUAUGGCGGUCGCACAUAUCAUCCGUUACAUUGGAACACCAUGCAGGAGCUUGUCCAACGAUCGGGUGGAAUUGAAAAAAUCGCAACUGGUCGCCUGACUUGGCUGCUCAGUCUGUCGGACCUUUUCGGCGCUUUCCAGGUUAUCCGUAAGCCAACCUAUCCGAUGAUGACUGUUGCAGGGAGGCGGUUAGUUCUGCAGCGUCCCGCAGUGCUGUUCCAACCAUACGGAUACCAUACGAGUACAAACCUCUCGCCAGGCUUGAGUACGCCGGGCUUCGGAUUCCAGGAACUCUCUUUCAUGUGCCCGCCAGUGAAGCAGGAUAUAACCGAGGCCUUCAUCCAUCUAGGCGAAUACUCCGCCGUCGCCCAGCACUGCAUAAACACUAAAUCCAACGUGGUUCUGGAUCUGUUAGGUGAUAGUAGGAACCUCAUCCACAAUCGCCUACUCUCCCUUCCAGACGAGACCGACCCCUACGAGCUCAUCUUUGAAAUGCCCGAUUCUCAGACGGAUACAGAAUCGGAGCAAAGUAAGCUAUCGCUUUUGCUCUCGCACCAGAUAUACCACACCUGCCGUCUCAGCGCCCUCCUAUACGCAUUGCACGUUACAUUCCCGAUCCCACGGUUCCGGGAGCCGGCGCUAUUUAUCCUCAGUGCCCUCGGACCGCGAAUCGAAUGGCUUCGUAUGCGGAAUGUCUCACAGCCUGUGCUUAUUUGGUGUCUGGCUAUAUUGAUUAGUGUGUUGGGUGAUAAUGCCCCUGAAUUCGAGGGUCUGGUCUCAUAUAUGGUCCCGAUGGCUCGGGAGGAAGCGAUUGACUCAGUGCCGACGCUUUUGGCGUUCCUUCAUUCCUUCGCCUGGGUGGAUGCAGCUGUGGGGGAUCAUUGGAGAGAUCUGUGGGAAAGGAUAUUUAUGUCUGUGGAGAGGGGUAUGGAAUUUGCGGAAUGUUAG